CCUCCCCUUCUACCUUUAAAACCCAGGGUAAAGUUUGUAGGACAUUAACAUUAUCCAGUUGAUAACAGCUUUAUCUCAAGAAGAAGAAGAAUCUGCAGCUAUGCGUCAGUAUUGUCUUUGUCUUUUUAUUGGUCUUCUGGCGGUUGCAUUCCUCCAAUCUGGUGUAAUGGGCAACAGUGCCAAUUUACCAUCCGAAUGCUGUUUUAGUAAUUACGGGAGAAAAAUCCCCAUUGCUAAAAUUGAUUCCUACAUAGAGACAAGAGUGGAAUGCUCCAAACCUGGAGUCAUUUUUGUCACAAAGAGGAGUUAUCGUAUCUGCGUGGAUCCUCAGCUGAGCUGGGUGAAGAAUGCCAUGAAAGCAGUCGAUGUUCGUGAUCUUUAGUGAUGCUGCUGUGGCCAUGAUCAACAUGCUCGAAGGAACGCUUUUGCUUGGUUCUUAAGUGAAUUUAUUAGCUCAGUAAACCUCUUUCUGUGAUGCUCUGAUAUUCUUUUCAUUAUUAUCGUGUGAGGCAUCAUGUCAAGUAACUGCAUGUUUUGAUGAGUUUAGUAUUUCUUUAACAUUCUGCAUUAAAUGCUAAAAUAAUUUUUAUCUUUAACUCGUGUUAAUUUUACUGCAAAAUAACAUGUAAACAGACAACAAUCACCCUGUUCUUACCAGGAUUACAGGGAUGAUUUAUGAUAGUAUUUUAUGUAGGCUGAAGAAAGAAAUUUGCUUUUGUUUUAUUCUGUAUAACAGCAGUCUUAUAUGAUGUUCUUAAUUCUAAUAAAAUAGAACACAA